AUGAGUGGUCGGAUUGGGCAAGAUGAUGAUGAUGGUGAUAUCCAGAUUCAACGACAGGAGGAAGAAGAACUUCGCCUCCAGCAACAGCAACAGCAGGGGCCCUGCAUUGAACCUCAGACCCCAGUCGAAGGCCGCAUGAUUGAUGAUGAUGAUGAUGAUGAUGACGAUGCUGGCGACGACAGCAUCGUCGUCACAACGCAAGAGCCAAAAGAGCCAAAAGACCAAGACGACCAACGCAGCCAAGCCGAGAUGCGCAAGCUAGUAGACCUGCGCUCGCGGGGCGUGGGACGGCAGCUCAUCAGCGCGCAGAUGGGCGAGGGAAGGGUUUCAGAUCGGUAA